AUGACCAUCAGCAGCAAGGGCUUCCUUAUCACGGGAAGCACAGACACAGGGACAGGCCCAGAGCCGUGGACCUUCCUGGUGGCCCUGACUGUGAAGUCAGCCAGGGGACGCCCCUAUUGCCUGUGCCCCAGGGAGGAUGGGACAGGUGAGAACAGCCUCGGUGCCCGCAGCGCCCACCAUCCUGCUGGCUAUUGUCGAGAAAGAGAGACCCGAGCACCUGCCACGUGGUCCCAAGGCUGCUGUGGAUGGGCGCUGGCAUCCACAGCCACGUUGGGGGGCGCCCCGCCCUGCCUGCACCCCGCCCUCUGGCGAGCCGGGUCUCACGCACGCCCUCCUCCCUCUCUCCUUCCAGGUCUGGCUGUCCAUCAGGUCAUCACCAUCACCGUCUCGCUCAUCAUGGUCAUAGCUGCUCUCAUCACAACUCUUGUCUUAAAAAAUUGCUGUGCCCAGAGCGGGAACACGCGGCGGAACAGCCACCAGCGAAAGACCAACCAGCAGGAGGAGAGCUGCCAGAACCUGACGGACUUCACCUCGGCCCGCGUGGCCAGCAGCCUGGACAUCUUCACGGCCUACAACGAGACCCUCCAGUGCUCGCACGAGUGCGUCCGCGCCUCUGUCCCCGUGUACACCGAGGAGACGCUGCACCCGGCGGGGGAGUAUAAGUCCACGUUCAACGGAAACCGGCCCUCCUCCUCGGAUCGGCACCUCAUUCCCGUGGCCUUCGUGUCUGAGAAAUGGUUUGAAAUCUCCUGCUGACUGGCCGAAGCCUUUUUUACCUCCUGGGGGCAGGGCAGACGCCGCGUGUCUAUGCCAUGGAUUCCGUUGGUGAACCUGUACAAACAAAACAAACAAAACAGAACAACAACAACAAAAACCCACACAAAACCUAAAACUAAGUCACCGAAGGGGGAGGGUCCCCGACCUACCACUUCUGUUUGCCGGCGGGAAACCCCCAGAGCAGGACACUCGAGGCCAAAUAUAUUUUUGUAUCGAUGCUCACGCCUAUGGGCGACCGCCUCUCCCGGAGUUUUCUUUGGAGAACAGAAAGAAGAGACGCCGGACGGGCGCUGGGGGCAGCGGGGACAGGCCGCCCGGCAGCGAGGACAGGAGGAGGCGUCCGACACGGAGGAUCUGUACCGCGAUUCUGAACCUGUGCCAAUAAUACCAUUAUGUGCCAUGUACUGACCCGAGGCUCGGCGCGGAGCCAGCCGGCGAACCACGCGCAGAAUCUCACGGAGAACGGGGGUGGGAAUCUCUUCCGACAGAGUCACUAUUUCUGGUUAAUAUACAUAUAUAAAUAUAUAAAUACACACACAGACACACACACACACACACACACACUUUUUUUGUACCGUAGCAAUUUUUGAAGAUCUUAAAUGUUCCUUUUUAAAAAAAAAGAAAAAAAAAGAGUUGUGUUAUAGGUUACAAAAAUCUGAUUUAUUUAACACGCUUAGUAUGAACAGAAUAAACCGAUGUUUUUCUACUUUGGCAACUCAGCUCACACACAUAACUGCACACAGGCACACGCACACAUAUAUAUACACGCAUAUAUUGGAAACGCAGUUCCACAGGUGAGCACAUUCUUCCUGGUGACCUGGUAUUCCAUCACCAUUCGCCCGGGGGGACAGCCUCGACCCAGACCACGAGGCCUUUCCACAACACGUCCUGCAUUUGCCAAACGUCCGGUGAGUGGUACCUACUGUGUGCGCUGCUAUCUUGGGCCAGAAGUCAGAAUGUCACGGUUUUUAUAUAUGUAUGUGUAUAUAUAUAUAUAUAU